AUGAAUUCGACAAACAUCUCAUCACUCAACAGUGAACUCAAUGUUGCUGAGCAAUUAUCAAGUGUUACAGCAUUGAGCGAAUUUGAUAUUUUUGGAGUUCCACCAACUCAAAAUACAAUAGAAAAAGAUAUUUUGACAGAACAUAGACCAGCAUCAGCAAUAGAUUCUAAAGCCUAUAUAGAAUUUAAUUUAUCGACCGGAAUUGACGAAUAUCUUAGACUUGAUAAAACAAUUGUAACAUUAUCUCAUCAAACAUAUCCUUAUAAAUCCGAUUUAGAAAUUAAAUUAGGAAAAAAUAAAGAAGCAAAAGAUUCAUAUUUAUCAUCAAUUUUAUGGAUAGAAGAUAAUUUAAAUGAUUUAGAAGGCAUUAACUUGAACAGAACUAAUUACAUUAAACCACUAGUAGGUGAUACUGAUUUAUCAAAAGGACGAGAAUUAGACUUAAUCGGUAAAUUACAUAUCCCCAUGUUUGAACAAAGUAAAGCUUUACUAGGAGGGUGUAAUAUAUCAUUAAAAUUAAUACCAAAUUCGCCCUCAUUUUACAUGAUGUGUGACAGCAGUAUUAGGAUAUCUAGUGUUGAAUUUAAAGAUGCUUCUUUAUACAUUCAUCGUUCAAAAAUCAACCCUGCCGUUGUCGAAGGUCAUAAGAUGGCAUUAUUGAAACCAGCAAAUGUAAGAUAUCCAAUUAGAGAAAGUUUUGUUGUACCAAUUACAAUAAAUAAAGGAACUAUGGAUACAAUCAUCGAUAAUGUUCACAACGGACAAUUACCUAGAAGAGCAUUUGUAACAAUGGUUGAUCAUAGUGCAUUUAAUGGCUCAGAAAUAAAAAAUCCUUACAAUUAUAAAAACUACAAUCUAAACUAUCUGGCUUUUUAUUUAAACGGUAUACAAUACCCUGAAAAAGCUUUUACUCCAGAUUUCGACAAAAAUCUUUAUGUACGGGAAUAUAUAAGUUUAUUUGAAGCAACCAAUCAGGACAAUGUUGACAGUUGUAUAACCUUAAAAAGACAGGACUUUCCAAAAGGAAACAAUAUAUUCGCGGUUAAUUUUAACCCAGAUUUGUCAUCAGGUUGCUGUGCAACAGGUUAUGUAAAUCCAAUUAAACACGGUAAUCUUCGAUUACAGCUUAGAUUUAAAGAACCUUUAGCCAACGCUAUUACUGUUUUAGUUUAUUUGGAUUAUGACGCAUUACUUGAAAUCGAUUACGAUAGAAACCCUAUUUAUACUUUCAAUUAA